GACAGAGGCGGCCACCACCAUGUGACGGUGGGGCCGCCGUCUGCGGACAAUAUAUAUAUGUAUGUAUAUAUAUAUGUAUGUAUCUGUUGUAUUGGUAAUUUGGUACUCACUCUCCUACUCUUCCUACUGCACAUUUAUACAAUACACCUUUCCAUCAAACAUACUGCUUUCGCUUUUACUUUAUUGCUUCACUUUCCUUUCCCUAUCCUUGUCUCUCUCUUCUCUCUCUCUUCGGAAAUCAUUCCAAUUCCGCACCGGCUUUUCGGUCUUCAAUGAUUCCAGCCUGUUUAUGUUGAAAUUGUGCCGUUGAAGGCUGAGAUUGAUGUAAGUUUUUGCAGCCCUUUUUUGUGUUUUUGUUCGGUUCGGGAGAUGGAUUCCGGUGUUAUUUCGCAAUCGGAUGAUGAGUUCGAGGAUCUGCAGUCCCGCGGCUUCGAAGACGGUUACAGUUUGAGCGCAGAUGUCAGUGAGUCGGAGAGUUCGACUUCGAGCGUCGCUACAUUUUCUUCUGAUCGUCGACUGGCGUUGGCCAGCACUGCUGCAUCUCUGACGGCUUUGGAUUCUAGUUCGGAGUGUUUUCCGCCGCCGCCGAUCAUGUUGCCGGUAGUUGGAGGCAGGCACGUCGUUUUUCCGGCGGAGAAGAGCGGCAGAGAGAAAUCUGACACGCCUGAAGUAGCCGAGGCAGAAUUGAUGAAGGAACGAUUUGCAAAACUCUUGCUAGGAGAGGACAUGUCCGGUGGAGGAAAAGGAGUAAGCACUGCUCUGGCAAUCUCCAAUGCAAUCACUAACCUUGCAGCUACUGUUUUCGGCGAGCUCUGGAAGUUGGAGCCAUUGGCACCACAGAAAAAGACGAUGUGGCAGCGAGAGAUGGAUUGGCUAUUGUGUGUGAGCGACUCCAUUGUAGAGCUCGUUCCAUCGGUUCAAGAAUUCCCCGGCGGAGGGAGCUUUGAGAUCAUGGUGCCUCACCAGAGAUCCGACUUAUACAUAAACCUUCCAGCCCUGAAAAAACUCGACGGGAUGUUGAUCAGCAUCUUAGAUGGAUUUCGCGACACUGAAUUCUACUACAUCGACCGUGGAAUAGUUGUCGCCAGCGGCGAAAACAUCGAGGCAUAUACAAGUUCACCUUCACGUAGAAGACCAUCAGUAACACUCGAAGAAAAAUGGUGGCUGCCAUUCCCAAAAGUUCCCGCAAACGGUUUAUCCGAGGAGACAAGAAAUCGAUUACAGCACUGCAAAGAAUGUACGCUUCAGAUUUUCAAAGCCGCCGUAGCAAUCAACAGCGGCGUCCUCGCGGAGAUGGAGGUGCCACAACUUUAUCUCGAUAGCUUACCAAAGAGUGAGAAGGCAUGUUUAGGCGAAAUCAUCCACCGUUACAUAACUGCCGAUCAAUUCUCUGUCGAUUGUCUGCUGGAUUGCCUCGACCUUUCAUCAGAGUACAGCACGUUGGAGAUCGCAAAUAGGAUCGAAUCUGCGACACACUUAUGGAGGCUAAAACAUCAAAAAAAGAAGCUCAAUCAUUCGAAAUCGAGCUCUUUUUGGGGAACUGCUGUGAAAGGGCUAUGCAGUGAUUCAGAAAAGAGCAAACUUUUUGCACACAGAGCUGAAACCCUCCUAAAGAGCUUAAAGCAACACUUUCCAGGCCUCCCACAAACAACACUUGACAUGAACAAGAUUCAGUAUAACAAAGAUGUCGGGCAGUCGAUUUUGGAAAGCUAUUCGAGGGUGAUGGAGAGCCUAGCCUUCAACUUGAUGUCGAGGAUCGAUGAUUUGUUAUACGUAGACGAUGCCACGAAACAGCGUCUAAUGGCUGAGUCGAUGUCUGUGCAGCAUCACAGUCGCAGGGCGACAUCAAUGGGCGAGAGCAUUCGCGAUAACGGCCAAGGGGCUUAUGGAUCGUUGAUGGGGUCACCUUUCCGAUAUUCGUCGCCGGUUACUCAGCGGCCUCAGAGGCUCUGCCGAUCGGUAAGCCAACCUGCCUAUCCUCCUCUUGAUGUACAAGUAGAAAAUCUUAGUUUAAGAUAAUUGAAAUAUGGUUGUAAGAAUCAUGGAGAUAUUACUAAAACCAAAAUGUGUAGGUUCGUUGAGAUAUAUAUAUAUAUAUAUAUAUUUCUAUAGUUUGAAUUGAAGAAUGAGGAAAUAUGCUUUUGACAGACAGUGUAGCUUUACUUGCUCUAAUGCCGUUGGAGUUCUGUU